AUGACACCCUCCAGAUCGCUUGCUCAACUUGAUGGGGGGCCGCAAGCGCCCUAUGGAAGCUCCGUCUGGUCCAUUCUCCAGAACGGCGUCGACGUCAACCCGGACCGGGCUGCGUUGAUUUCGGCGCAACAGCCGCCAGGCCACCUGGGGCAUCUUGUUGGGCCAGGUCUGGUUCAGUCGCCGGCGGUGCGCGGCCCAGACGAGAUCCUCACCUGGUCGUAUGCCCAGAUGAGACGCGGCGCCGCUCGUCUCGCGACGGUUUUGGCGCGCCAUGGUGUGCCGCCGCACUCCACGCUGCUCAGCUUCAUCCCCCACAGCGCCGAAUGGGCACUGUUGCUCUGGGUGUCUGCUGUGAGAUGCCUCACCGUCAUCAGCCAGAUGCCCCAGGCCCUCCGGCUGCCGGAAAAAACGGCGGAGCUCCGCACCUGCUUUGCCAUGAUGCCUGCUGUCAUUGUCGUGCAAGAUGAAGCAGCCGCCCAACUUGUCGACGAGACCAAGGCGGCUCCCCAACCAGCCCGCACGAGUAACGAUACCACCCCCCCUUUUCUAGGCCUGUGCCUAUCGCGCCUGAGCGAGCCGCGGCGCGGGUGGAUCAGCCUGGCAGAUGUUGCAGAGAUGUCCUUUACCGACAGCGAGAGCGCCAUAAACCCAUCCGACGUGGAUGACCGUCUUGACCGCGUGGCACAGAUCUUCUUUACGAGCGGCUCGUCCGGGACGCCCAAAGGCGUGCCUAAGACAGUUAAGAACCUUGCCGCAUGCACAGCAACUAUGGCGGACCCUCAACCUGGCUCCACCGUUGGGGUCAUUAUCGGGGGUAAUUUCGCCGCUCUGGCAUCGACGAUGCCCCUCUUGUUAGAGAACCGUAAUUUCUCUCUCGAGAAGAUCACUUCGUUGCGGCGGAUUGUCCUUGGUGGGGAGAUCAUCACCAAGGACUUUUUGAGCAGGGCACGCGAGGUGCUCCCCGGUCCCGUCGUCCUGCCUGGAUUCGGCAUGUCUGAAGUGGCAGGCUUAUUUGGGUGGCUUGGUGGCGUGCCCGACCCCAUCCCCAACUACAACGGCGUUGUAUCGUGUGGGAAGCCGCUGCCUGGAACCAGGAUUAGGGUCGUCAAUGAGAAGGGACUUGUCGCUUCGCUCGGUGAAGCGGGAGAGAUGCACGUUGGCACCGAGGGCACCGUCGAACGGUAUAUGCACACGCAGCCAGGGGGCAAGAGCGAUACCUUCUAUGAGGAUGAAUUUGGUCCUUGGUUUACGACAGGCGACAUUUCUGUUCUCGACGAGGCCGGAUAUGUAUACAUCGUGGGCCGCAAGAAAGAACUGAUCAGGAAUGUGACCGGAAUCAUUCAACCACACACGAUAGAGUCCUGCCUCAGUGCGGCGUUCAAUGUCCAGACCUGCGUAGUUGCACUUCCCUCCCCCAUGAAUGGCGAUGUGCCCUACCCCAUUGUCGCGCGGUUGCCUGAGGGGGUCAGUCCGGGCGAUAUGAGGGAGCAUUUUAUCAAUGCUGUAGGGUCCAGCUAUUCCCUAGGGACAAUUUUGACACUCGAACAGCUUGGCAUGAAGAGCUGGCCCUUGACGGCUACCGGAAAAGUUUUUAAGCGGGAGUUGGAGCGUGCGGCAGUGGAAUGUAUGCGCAAAGACCCGCGACUCGGGCUUGCUUCCUACGCCAUUGCGUCGAGCUAA